CUUCCAUCAAGAUCAAGCAAAAAUCACCAUUCGCAUCCCCGCGCUUGCACUUGGACUCCAGAGAUUGAGGUCACCCAUUCUCUUGCUCUUUCAUUUCCACUUCGAUCAUUUUGAGAUACCCUUUUCGUUAUUAGCAAGAAUCUAUCUGUCAUGGAGGGACAAUUCGAUGAUGCCGCACAGGAUCGUGUGCGUGCCGCCGUCGAAUUUCUCGACCCAAGUAAUGCUCGAGCACGCAGUUAUCGAGCCGAUAUCUUGUUGAUGCUGAACAGAGGGCUACGGCGGUUAAUAGUCAGCAUUGAUGAGAUUCGAGCACAUAGCCGUGAGAUGGCCGAUGGUCUUCUCACAUCUCCCUACGAAUACACCGAUGCUUUUGAGAGGGCCUUGAAAGAUAUCAUCAAGACACUGCCCAACCGACCGUCGAGAGAGACUGCUGACGAUGUGCAUUAUCACUGUGGCUUCGUUGGCGCCUUUGGAGAAUUCUCCUGCAACCCCAGAACCCUCAGCUCCUCACACCUGAACCGGAUGAUCUCGCUGGAGGGUAUUGUCACGAAGUGCUCCUUGGUCCGACCGAAAGUUAUUCAGAGUGUACAUUGGAGUGAGCGCACCAAGAAGUUCCUCACCAGGAAGUAUGUCGACGCGACGAUGACUGCGAGUGGAGCAACUAGCAUGAGUGUUUACCCCCAAGAGGACGAUGAGAAGAACCCAUUGACCACGGAAUACGGCUACUCUACCUACAUGGACCACCAGACUAUUUCAAUUCAGGAGAUGCCUGAGCGGGCACCGGCCGGCCAACUUCCGCGCAGUGUGGAUGUGAUCCUGGACGAUGACUUGGUCGAUCGAGCCAAACCCGGAGACAGAAUUCAGCUGGUCGGCGUAUACCGCACUUUGGGUAACCGAAACGCAUCUUCCACAUCCGCCACUUUUCGCACGCUCGUAUUAGCCAAUAAUAUCAUUCAGCUGGCAUCCAAAUCAGGCGGAGGCAUCGCGCAAGCUACCAUCACCGAUACCGAUAUUCGAAACAUCAACAAGGUCGCUAAGAAGAAGAGUGUGUUUGAGUUGCUAUCUCAGUCCCUCGCUCCCAGUAUUCACGGCCAUGACUACAUCAAGAAGGCGAUCUUGCUUAUGCUGCUUGGUGGCAUGGAGAAGAACUUGGACAACGGAACUCACUUGCGUGGUGAUAUCAACAUCCUCAUGGUCGGUGAUCCUUCUACUGCCAAAUCGCAGCUCCUUCGCUUUGUCCUGAAUACCGCACCGCUUGCCAUUGCAACCACGGGUCGAGGAUCUUCUGGAGUCGGUCUUACUGCUGCUGUCACUUCCGACAAGGAGACUGGGGAGCGCAGACUUGAGGCCGGUGCUAUGGUUCUUGGUGACCGUGGUGUUGUCUGUAUUGAUGAGUUCGACAAGAUGAGUGAUGUUGAUCGUGUGGCUAUUCACGAAGUGAUGGAACAGCAAACAGUCACAAUCGCAAAGGCUGGUAUUCAUACGAGUCUGAACGCUCGCUGCAGUGUCCUGGCUGCCGCCAAUCCUAUCUACGGUCAAUACGACCCUCACAAGGACCCGCAUAAGAACAUCGCUCUGCCCGAUUCUCUCUUGUCGCGUUUCGAUUUGCUUUUUGUUGUGACGGACGAUAUCGAAGACGCCAGGGACCGAAUGGUUUCCGAGCACGUCCUUCGUAUGCACCGCUACCGCCAGCCUGGCGCUGAGGAGGGUGCACCGGUUCGUGAACAACAGCAUCAAACCCUCGGUGUCGGUUUGGAGGAUAGCCAAGAUUCAAACCAUCCCACUGAUGUCUAUGAAAAGUUCAAUGUCAUGCUUCAUGCGGGCAUGGCUAACCAGCGGAGCAAGAACAAGAACGUCGAGAUCCUGAGCAUUCCCUUCAUCAAGAAGUAUGUGCAAUAUGCGAAGACUCGUGUAAAGCCCGUGUUGACCAAGGGAGCUGCCGACCACAUUGUGUCGACUUACUCCGCGCUGAGAAACGACGAGUUGUCCGGUAACCAGCGCAGAACGUCUCCCAUUACCGCUCGUACUCUCGAAACCCUUAUUCGUUUGUCCACAGCGCAUGCCAAAUCGCGCCUCUCAAACAGAGUGGAAGAACGCGAUGCCAAGGUCGCAGAAUCGAUUCUGCGAUUUGCCAUGUUUAAGGAAGUGCUUGAAGACGAACGCCGGAAGAGGAGAAAGGUCACCACUUUCGACGAUGACUCGGAAAGCAAUGACUCUGAUUCUGAGAGUGAUGACGAUACCCCUGCACAGACUGCAAGCGCGACCCCCCGAUCUACCAGACGAGGCGGGAUGAGGACUCGCGGUGCCAAUGGUGUCUCGACCAUAACCGAGGACACCGAGAUGGAUGCGGAGGGAGACAACGUGUCUGAGGAUGGCGAUGGCCUGUACAACUCCAGUCCCCGUGGCCAGCGCCUUCGUUCCAGCCGUACUCAGCCUGAAUCGCAAAGUCAGAUGUCGGUAGCAUCGUCCCGUCCGGCGUCGCAGCUGGUCGAGUCUCAGACGGACACCUCGCAGUCGCAGACCGCCAGUCUUUCGUCUCAGCCUAUCCAGCCUGCCCGUCUGACGGUCUUCCGCCAGGCCCUGGGCCCGCUCAUGGGCACCCGCUUGUUUACUCAUGGAGACACCGCCGACGUGGAGGAGCUGAUUGGCGCGGUCAAUACCGCUGUUCGUAGUGCCCCCUCACUCGGCGAAAGCCACGUCUUCCAGCGUCCGGAGGCCCUGCAGGCCCUGCGGGCUAUGAACGAGAGAAAUGAAUUGAUGUACCUUGAGGAUGAUGAAACUGUCUACAGAAUUUAAUGCGCUAUUUUGGUUGAGGGUUUUUUCCGGCAUAGAAUCUGGGGUGUUCUGUUGUUGUUGUCACGAAAUCAAGCAGGGCUGGAUGUGCAUGGUAAUGUUUUGUUACACGACUUUGAUCUACCUAUUCGACAUUUGGAGAUGGAUCUGGCGUUUUCGGAGUAACUUCGAUUUGUGUUGAUGAGAUCUUGAAGUACUGUGUGUAUCAUUGAAUUGAUAAUGCAGCUAUAUUUGAUCAU